UCUCCGCCGUGAUCAAACCCUAACCACUAGCGUCAUCAAUCAGCAAUAUAUAUAUAUAUAUAUAUAUAUAGAGAGAGAGAGAGAGAGAGAGAGAGAGAGCAUACACAAGUUUCAAGGAUUUUAAAAACAUACAUGAGGCCACCAAAGAGGACGAUCCACGUGAUAUCGUCAUGGGUACGGCGGCAACCACCAAAGGUGAAAGCUUUUCUCGCCGUAGUCACCGGCAUGGUGGCCUUGGUCUUGCUACGUGUGAUCGUGCACGAUCAUGACAAUCUCUUCGUUGCUGCCGAGGCUGUUCACUCCAUUGGAAUCUCCGUUCUUAUCUACAAGCUCAUGAAGGAAAAAACUUGUGCUGGUCUAUCACUCAAAACACAAGAACUAACAGCUAUGUUUUUGGCUGUUAGACUGUACUGCAGUUUCGUUAUGGAGUAUGAUAUACACACCUUGCUUGAUUUGGCUACAUUGGCUACAACAAUGUGGGUUAUCUUUAUGAUUCGUUUUAACCUGAAAUCAAGCUACAUGGAGGACAAAGACAACUUUGCAAUGUACUAUGUGGUGGUUCCUUGUGGUGUACUAGCUCUGUUAGUUCACCCAUCAACAUCACAUCAUAUUAUCAACAGGAUAUUUUGGGCAUUCUGUGUUUAUCUUGAGGCAGUUUCAGUCCUACCUCAACUUAGGGUUAUGCAGAAUACAAAGAUUGUUGAACCAUUCACGGCACAUUAUGUAUUUGCUCUGGGUGUUGCAAGGUUCUUGAGUUGUGCUCAUUGGGUUCUUCAGGUAUUGGAUAGUCGUGGGCAUCUACUUACGGCCCUGGGUUAUGGAUUAUGGCCAUCGAUGGUUCUUAUCUCAGAGAUCGUUCAAACGUUCAUAUUAGCAGACUUCUGUUACUACUACAUGAAAAGUGUUUUUGGAGGACAACUUGUUUUGCGACUGCCUUCGGGAGUGGUGUAAGCCAAGCAAGCGAGGAAGCAAAAGUUGAAGUAGUAGAUUUCUAUAUAUAUAGUAAUAGUAAUAGUAAUAGUGGGUAGUUGAUUAGGUCCAUGAUUUGUAUGUGCAUUUUGUGACAUUGUUGCGUAGCAUUUCAAACCAAACCAAAGCAACGCAACCACCCCCUUAU